GGCAAAAUUUCGCCGCAAAAUCACUUAAAUGAAUUUUUGCGCAUCACAAUCAGCACUUAAUGAUUCUCAUGAGAGUCCCGAGCCCUGAGGCAUCCUCGAAGUUUAUGGAUUUUUUUUUUCUAGUCCGGCAAACACGCAUCUUCAUUGCACCUAGUCUGAGCAUAGGCUAGCCAUGGCAGAUGCAUGGGAUGAGCUACAGCAGAUAAAAAACAAGAGGCUUUCACUGAGGGAAAAGCUUGCUCAAAGGAAAAGAGAAAGAGAGGACAUCCUCAGUGCUACUGGUACUGCUGGUACCAAAGAUGCUCUGCAGACUCCAGCCAAGGUGGCUCGUACUGCCGGGCCAGCACUGACUGUGUCACCUUUGGUCACAAUCAGUCCUGGCAGCGCCGCAGCCGAGGCAGUGUCACCGGCGCCGCCGAUCUCUGACGGCCACCGGCCGGAGGCGGAGGCCGACCCGGCUGACGUGGAGCGGCAGCUGGUCCGACUGCUGGCCGGCCUGCACGAACUACCCACCGACGGACGCCAGCUGGCCGCCGACCUCGCACCCCGGCUGUCCGGCACCGUCACCCAGCGCAGCGUCAACAACGUGCUGCAGAAACUGGCCGCCCAGGACCUCAUCAGCGUGCAGGAGGUGAGCCGCGAGGGCGGUGACCGCGUGCUGGAAGUCUCCUCUGUGGAGCACGUGCGGCUGCAGGUGGUGGCCGGGGAGGGCGGCGCCCCGACCACCGACGAGCCGCCGCCGCCCCCCGCCGCCGAGGCGCCGCGGCCGGAUGACAUCAUGAAUUUGCUGGCGCUCCCCUCGGCGCGAGAGAAGGAGAAUAAGAAGAUGGGGGAGGAGAUUCUGGACCUACUCUGUAAGCCCACCGUCAAGGAGCGCUCCACGGCUGAGCGCUUCCGCUCACAGGGGGGUGCCCAGGUACAGGAGUACUGCCGUCACGGCACGCGGGAGGAGUGCGACAGGUCCAACAAGGAGAACGCCAACCCCUGCGGCAAGUUGCACUUCCGCAAAAUCCUGCAGAAGCACACUGACGAGUCGCUGGGCGACUGCUCCUUCCUCAACACGUGCUUCCACAUGGACACCUGCAAGUACGUGCACUACGAGGUGGACUACUCGGGGUUGAACCGGUCGGGCGGCGGCGGCGACGCGUCCGACGCUGGCGUCACGGUGCCGCUGCCGGCGGAGCUGGACCGCACCGUCCUCUUCCCGCCGCAGUGGAUCCAGUGCGACCUGCGCUUCUUCGACAUGUCUGUGAUAGGCGAGUGCGCGGUGAUCAUGGCCGACCCUCCGUGGGACAUUCACAUGGAGCUGCCGUACGGCACCAUGGCCGACGACGAGAUGCGAAACCUGGACAUCCCGUCACUGCAGACCUCGGGACUGAUCUUCCUCUGGGUCACCGGCAGAGCCAUGGAGCUGGGCAGGGAGUGUCUGACCCUGUGGGGAUACGAGCGGGUCGAUGAGCUGAUCUGGGUGAAGAGUAACCAGCUGCAGCGUAUUAUCCGCACCGGACGUACCGGUCACUGGCUCAACCACGGAAAGGAGCACUGCCUGGUCGGUAUGAAGGGCGAGCCCCAGUUCCUGAACCGCGGCCUGGACGCCGACGUCCUGGUGGCAGAGGUGCGCGCCACAUCGCACAAACCGGACGAGAUCUACGGCAUCAUCGAGCGGCUCAGCCCGGGCACCCGCAAACUGGAGCUGUUCGGCCGGCCGCACAACGCCCAGCCCAACUGGAUCACACUCGGCAACCAGCUGGACGGGGUCAACCUCAGCGACCCCGAGAUCGUGGAGCGCUUCAAGAAACGCUACCCGGACGGCGACUGCCUGAAGCCGCCGCCCUGACCGCGGCCGCCGGCGGUGGCGCUGUGAUGGUCCCCUGAUGAGUACUGUGGACCGAUCUCCUGAGGUGGGCCGUGGACCGAUCUUCCGAGGUGGGCCGUUCCCUGUGGCAGCUGGCAGGCUGUGACCGGACCCCGUGAUAUGACGGUCGGUGGUCCAACUCCCGGCCCGGGGAGGAAGAGGGCUGAACUGGCUCCCCGCCCGGGGAGGGAGGGGGCUGAAAUGGCUCCCCGCCCGGAGAGGGAGAGGGCUGAACUGGCUCCCCGCCCGGGGAGGGAGAGGGCUGAACUGGCCUCCGCCCGGGGAGGGACAGGGCUGAACUGGCUCCCUGACCGACGCUCGGUCGGUGACCGAACUUCCCGCCAGGGAAGGGAGUGACCUCAGGCAGUUCACUGAGGGACCGGCCCGGUGGGCCUCACUGAUCAUCCAUGGGUAAUGUGCACGUCACAUGUUGUCUUGUGAGCUCGUCUUGCGGCGAUCUGCCCGGCAAAGCUAUUUCUUGCCGCCUCAGGACACGCACGUCCGCUUUUUACCAUUGUAUUUGUAUUUAUUGUGACAAAUAUGAAGUGUCAACAUCAAGUGUAGCUGUCAUUUCUGCCAGACAAUAGGUUGGCAACAGACCAGCUUCGGGUAGAAUAUGUAGCAUGUCUUGUGCAUCUCACUCAUUCCCAAAAUACAUCCGAUUAUCGAUC